AGAAGUUAAGUAUACGGUAGUCGCAUUGUCGAUAAUUAAACAUUUGUCUACAUUAGUUCAUUAUGAUUGUUCAAAUUCGAUUACUUUUUUUUCUUUCCGUUUUAUUCGCUGCUAGUUUUGCGAAUUUUCAAAAUGUUACUUUUGCGAAUUUUCAAAAUGCUACAAAGAAUAAUGUAAAUUCUGAAAAGAUGACGGCUAUAAUCAAUAAACUGUUCGACAUGGCGUUACCUUCUAUUCAAACGUUUGUUUUAAAACAUAGAUUAGAUCCUAUGAAAUUGCAAGAUUUAUCCCAAAAUUUGAAAGGAGUAAUAAUUCACCAUAGAACUCUUAAUUUAACAGAAGGUUCUCUUCAAGGGUUAUCAAAUAUAAGACGGGCAAACGAUAUUAUUUUAUCUUUUGAAAACAAAAUUCUAACUCUAGAUGCAACUUUAGGAUUCAAUGAUCUUAAAGCUAAUUAUAAUUAUCAUCUUUACGAUUUACUAAUCAAUAAAAAAGGAAACGUUGAUGGUUAUAUCAAGGACGUAGAAAUGCGAAUAAUUAUAGAUUUAAAUAUGAACAAUUAUAAAGUUGGUGUUCCUAUGGCUAAGAUUGUUAAAUUAAACGAAUUUGAUAUCGUUUUUAAGGGUAAUAUAAAUGAUCCAAUAGUAAAUGCUGCAAUUAAAGCUAUUACUAAAAUAUUUCGUACAAGUAUUAUAAAUAUUGUGAAUACUGAAUUUUUGAAGAUAUUGCAGGAAUUUGUAGGCGAGAUCAAUAAGAAGAUACCACAACCUAACCAAAUAUUAGAUAAUGAUAAUAUUUGGCGCUAUUUAAAAUUUAAUUUAUCUUAGAUGGCUUUGUAAUCUAAUAUAAUUUAUUGAAUUAAAAAAAAGAUAUCUGAUGUAACACAUAAAAAUGUAAAAUAAUAAAGCAUCCCAUUUCAAUACA